AUGUCACUGAACUCAACAGACUUUGUUCUAAUGGGGGAUCUCAACAGUACUACUUAUGCAGCAGUUCUUGGUAUUGAAGGAGUCAUUGGUAUAAUAGUUAAUGUAGCAGUGUUAUUAAUGACACUGUAUCAAAGGAAAUCCUGGAAUCAACCAUCAACAAUAUUCUUCACUUCUCUCCUACUGUCUAACCUCAUUAUUGCUCUAUGGUAUUUCAUGUCUUCUAUUGCAGUAGGAGCUGAAGAAUGGAUCUUUGGAAACACUUUUAAAGAAAAGAAUGCAUCAUGUUUGAUUCUUGGUUACAUGUUUUGGAAUGGUGGUAUGAUUAUUGUUGCAACAUUAGCUGCUCUAUCUUUUGAUCGGUUUCUGUUUGUUGUCAAGCCUUAUCUUCACAAGCGGUUCAUGAGACCACGAGUAGCUCUGAUCCUGAUUAUUGGUGUGUGGUUGCUGUGUUCACUGAUAAAUACUACACCAUUCUAUGGUUUUGGUGUAUAUCGUUAUCAAUCUCGUAGUGGAAUUUGUUCUCCAAGUUAUGAAGCCUCGGGCUUCUUUUAUGUCUUAUAUCUUGUUGUGGUAUAUUCAAUUAUUUAUUUUGUAAUAGCAUUUACGUCCAUUUGGACAUUUUGUUUCACUCGUAGGUUCAUUCAGAACCAGGUUGAAAUAGUUGGCAGCAGUGUAUAUGAAUCUAGAAGGAAGAGGCUGUUUGGUAUAUUUGGAUAUAUGCUUCUAUCCUACGUAAUUGCUUUAUUACCAUCAUAUAUUACUGGUAUUAUUAGUAUGUUCUAUCAAUUACCAGCAAAUGUUCAUCUUGGUACUGUUGUUGCUAAUGGGUCUUUUAUAAUAUCAAAUCCUAUUAUCCAAUCGUACUUUAGGCCAGAGAUAGUUACUGUCAUCAAAAACUUGUGGAAUAAGAUCAGAAACACUUAA